UUCCUACUUCCUUGUCAACAGUGCGAUAGUACUGUUCUGCUAAAAAAAAAAAUAAGAUUGACCGGAAUUAGAAUGGCAUGGCCGACUCUUAUAGUAAUAUUUCUAUUUUUUGUCAAUACAAAGCAUACCGAGUCAACACUGAAUACGGAAAAUAUCCUGAUCAAUGUGACAGCAGGGGUGCUGGCAGAAGCACACGAGUCUAACAACUUGCAGAUUACUUUAAACCUAUCGGUGAGCAUGGAGGAGGUAUUGGUAAAUGAUGUUCCUGUUCAGUUGUCGGGGGUGACCAGAUUCAACUGUCAAGCAGUGCUCUUGGAUAGCAUCAAUGGAAGCAGAGAGUAUGAAGGCGGGGACCUGGUGUCAACCGUUACCCGGGUUAUGGUGACUCAGAAGCGACUCUCGAGUGACUUGGAAGAAUUGGUGUGCCUGCAGGUGUUUAGUGAAGUCAUUGAGUUGGAGGGCAAACAGGUUCAGCAGCCUGAUGUGUGUGAGGUGAAAAUAGUGAUGAGCCCAGAUUUCCAGAAGCUGGCUCAAUUUACCAACAUUUACCCCAUCGGACACAGUGAGAUCUUCAAAGUUUCCAGAGACCGUGACGUGGUCAUCACAAAUCCAACAAAUCCUAUCAAAGAGGAGCAAAUGAUGCUACAGACGACCAGUCAGUACCCACUAAAACACUCGGAGACGACACAAGAAGAGAUUGCAGCUCCAGGAAAACUACCAGAGACGCCGCUUCGCAUGGACCCCGACCUCUUGAAUGAUAUCAAAUCUGAAAAAGCCGAAGAUGGAGACCUGGGCCGGCAAGACGGGAUUGCAACCGACAGUUCACCAAAACAAUUCCUCUCGUACUCGGCCAUGUGUCGUUGGCUGGAAGAAAUGAGAGCGCGUCUGAGACACUUGUGCGCCGAAUCACUGCCUCUCUUCUUCCUGGUUAUGUGGGUUGUCGUCAUCGGUGUUGCUGGAUCAGCCGUCAUUGUCAAGAUAUUGGACUGCUUCUUCCCAACUCGUGAACAAAAGCGGAUUUGUCAUCUAAACACAUCGAGUCCGAGGCCGGACGAAGAGAAGCACAUUCUCCUGGAGAACACGGAAUUAGAAGAAGAGGACGAGUGAGGCGUGAAAUGAGGCCUGUCCUGUCAGUUCUUCAUUUUCUUUUGUGUCGUGUGCAAUUUGGAGAAGCAAAGCAUGCCGACCGCACGUCCAUUCGUCCUAUUCAGCCGAGUGGCGAAAUCCAUUGCCAAAAUGGAUAUGUCACCCAUCCAUCCAUUCAUUAUUUUAUGUCCGAGAAAAAUCUGCUUUUAAUUUGGCGCAAUUUAGGAUCUUUGAAAUGACGAUUAUUUUCCAAUUUCCAACGAAGAGCAUGCACUUUCAUAUUCUUAUAUAUUGGAGCGGAUGAAAACAUCCCAACGAUUUCUGCCGGACUGCACCGUGGUCACCGCAACCAUGAAUCUGUCGUUGUUUGUAAAGGCUGAAUUGAUCCGGCAUCGGUUUAGAUCUCAUCCGUGUACUUUAUGUGAGCGUCGGUGAGUGGAUAAAGUGGUGAAUGAAAAGACCAUUGUGUUGAUUUAGGUUAGUAGUCAUAUGAAUUGACACAUUUGUUGCGUAGAUAAGCGGGUCAAAUAAGUGCCACAAAAUGUGUGUUUUUCUUUCUCCUUAAGGCCCGACUUGUGAAUUCCUGACACACUCGGCUUUGUGAUCGAUUUCAUGUCCUUUCACAGUCCCACAUGGUGGAAUGUAGUGCUGGAUGACUUGCUUUUUGUCCGUGUGUGUGUGUGAAAUGCACGUUUUCCAACUGCACCUCGAUCGGUGCGUCUCAAAACAUUUCUGUCGACAUCGGGUAUGGUCCAACUCAGCUUGAUCGAUACUAAACUGUACUGGACGAGCCCCGAAUAAAUUUUCUGAAGAAAAAUGUGAA